GAGUGAGAGAGCAGAGUGCUGGUUCGGAGCUGCCGAUAUAAGUGCUUAUCUCGACCGUUUAACGGGUUUACCAUCCUGGAAUACGACCGGGAAGUGUGUGUAGUGGUGUCUUCUGCCAGUGUGUUAAAUUUGGUGAGUGGAGCUCAGUGAAAAGUGGGUGAAAUUAGUGGAAAUGUGUGUGGUGUAGCCUGUGCCAGGGCUUUGAGCCUUGACAAGAUGGCGGGGUGGGAGCCGAAGGCCGUAAGGGAGGUGUGAGUGAGAGAGGAAAGGAAAGUGCCUACUACUACUCGCUCUGCUGCUCUGCUGCUGCUGCUACUCGGGAUACAUACAUACAUACAUACGUGCGAGUCUCUUUUACCUGGAUAUAUAUACUGUGUGCUUGACCAUCACUUCGUCUACGCUCGGAUUAUAUACUAUAUACUAUAUUACUUACUUCUGGGCCUUCUGCAGCAGCAACCAGAGAGAUGGCCGAGGAGGACACAACGUCUUCUUCCCUUAACUUGAAUUGGCUUUUUGAGAAGGACAUGUCAUCGUCCGUGGGACAGAAUGGCUGCGGAGGUGGCGCCCUCGCUGGAGGGGCAGGAGGAAGGGCGGCCCUGUCGUUGAGAAACAACGAGAGCUCCGGGGGCGUGAGCGUCAGCCUCUCGGAACUCAACCCCCACUUCGUCUGCGUCCUCUGCUUCGGCUACUUCAUCGAUGCCACCACCAUCACCGAAUGCAUGCACACCUUUUGCAAAUCCUGCAUCGUCAAUUUCCUACGGACGAAACGACAAUGUCCACGUUGCGAAACUCUCCUGACAAAGUCCCGCCCCUACAGUAGUCUCAGACCGGACCGCGUGAUGCAGGCGCUGGUCUUCAAAACAAUUCCAGGCCUCUUCCAGACGGAGAUGAGGCGGAGAAUAGAAUUCUACCAGGAACACCCACACGCUGACUACGAACAAGACGUUGAGGACUACCAACACUACGUCUUUAGUCCUGAAGACUCCGUCAGCCUCUCCAUACGUUACUACAACUUCAGCUUAAUCCUUGGUCAGGGUCACUGUUUGAAUGAGCAAGUUCCUGGUCUCUUUAUCUUCAUUGUCUCCCUUGAUAAAACAAAGCUCUUUCGAAGACGUGUGUAUGUGUCUAACCAUGCUUUGAAUGAGCAGGGAACAACCGACGCCAGUAAACAGGGCGACAGUAACAGCAGCAGCGGUACGGUCCACGAACCAGAGCGUUUGUGCGGUACCUUUCAGAUGCCCAGCCCAGUACCCGUGGCGGUACUCAAGACGCUCGUCAAGACCAAGUGAGUACCUGAUAGCCUUAGGGUCGAACUACUGUACGGAGACGAUAGAUUGCUGGAUACCUGGACGCUCAUGGAAGUCGCCUACAUCUACAUGUGGAAGAGGGAGUCUCCAAUGGACCUGAGCUUUCAAGUGGUUGCAACCAGGAAAGUCAAGAAAAGAAAGCAGCCUCCAACUGCUCCAGUACCAGAGGAAAGCAACAACAAUGAACUCUCAGAGGGGCAAAAGAUGGACCUGUCCACGUGUGUCGAGCCUCCGGACAAAAUUACCAGGCUGGACAGUGUCUGCAAGGAGGACACGGCUGCCACAACAACAGUGCCUAUGGAUGAUCAUCCGUCCUUGGACACUCGACCUCCAACUCCGCCAGAAACCCCUGAGGGAGGACCCGGUAGUGAUGGAGAACAGUUUCCAGUCGAGGAGCAGCACCCAAUAACAGAAGAGCUAGAAACUCCUGUUAGCGAAAUAGAAGAGCUAGAGACACCCGUUUCCGAUGAACCUCAACCUCUCCCUACCGAAGGAGAAGAAAAGGAAAUGGAGGUUGAGGGCAACAUAGAGAAUUCAGUGGUGGAAGAAGAAGGGGAACCUGCUCCAGCAGAAACUGAACAAGAUGCAGCGGCACCUGAGACCGUGGAGGAAGAACAGACUCAGGAGGUGGAAGAAAAUGUAGAAGUACCCGACGAAACACAGAACAACCUUGGAGGAGACGAAGAGCUAGCUGUGGAUAAAGAAGGUGAAACUAGAGAAAAUGAAGUGGGAGAUGUAGAUGGUGCUGACGAUUUUGAUAUAUCGAAAGAAUCUAAUGAACUAGUAAUGGACCAUGACUCUGAGACUCCGCUUGAAGUUGAUACUAGUCAUGAAACUGAAGGGGAAGGCGAGGGGGAUGGGGAGACAGAAAUGGAUCAUAGUGAUGGUCCAGAAGAACAGUCUAAUAGUGUGGUUGGAACAGAGUGUGAAACCGAGAAUGUCAAAGAGUGUCCUGAUGAUGAGCAAGAAGACAGUGCUAUAGAUGUAACUGAAACCAGUGCCAGUGAACCAAUUGAUAGUGAUGACAAAGACACAGACUUAAAUGUAAGCACUGAAUCCAAUGAAUUAGAUAAUGAAGUGUCAAGUGAGCCAACAUCUGUCACAAAACAUGUACAAACAGACGAAGGCCCACUUAACCUUACUCAGAGGUGUAAAGAUGGUAAAAAGGGUUUCGGAAAAGAUUGCUAUGUAUUUACUGAUAACGAAGACGACGAAGAUGGUGAGCAAGAAGAAGAGCGUGAUGAAGUAGGUGCCCUGGAUCUUUCUCGGCACGCUCGUACGGUUAGGGAAGCCAGGGCACAGAGGGAAAGCCUUGAUUCACCACCUCUUGCCAAUGGAAACUCCCCUGGCGAUGGUUCAGGCAAAAACAAAGCAGCCCGAGGGCAAGGCACACAGACGAUUCUCUCCAUCACUCAAAGUAACAAAUCAAAGAAACUUAAACAAAAGAAUGCUACCUCUACAACCACAUCACCCACAUCACAGACUACUGCUACCACACCUAUCAACAGACCAGCAAUGCCACUAGACUGGGCUAGAUCCUCUCUUGUGUCAACCCCAGUGAGUCCCCAAGCUGUGGCUUUCAGUGAUCUGAUGACUCUCUCCCAUGCUGCUGUACAACUACAAUUAGCCAUGGCACAUGCACAAGCCCAGGCUCAAGCCCAAGCUCAGGCACAGGCCCAAGCCCAAGCCCAGGCUCAGGCUCAAGCAUUGGCACAAGCCCAGGUGCUCAAGAGCUUGAAAGUGAGCGAGUCCCUUAGUAUUAUUAAUGGGUCUGGUGACACACUAACCAUCAGCCCCAUUCCUACUUAUUCAGAAUCAAAAUCUGCUAAAACCACCAAUUCCAAAACCGUUAGCAAGAGCCACCACAGCAACAAGACAAUGAACGGAAAUUCCAUAAAUCAUAAUAAAACAUCAGGUAACAAAUCCCAUAGUAGUCACAAAUUAGCAAGUGGUCUCGUCAAUACUAAAAGCAGUGGUGGUAGCCUUCCAGCUAUCAAGACAACAAUACCCAAGUCUGCCUUGACAUCACUCAAAAUUCCAUCGGUGCCAGUUUGCUCUAAAUCAAACAGCACCACAGUAUCAUCAAGUGGCAAGUCAGAGAAAGAACACAAAGAUCAUCCAGAGAGAACAGGAGACCCCGUCUUUAAAAUAACAAACCAAAAACUAGCAGAAUUUGUUCGUCGUCAACACCUUCAACAGAAAAUGAAGCAAAAUAACAUGAAAUCAAGCACUGUCACCAGUAUAACCUCUUCCACAACCGAUAGCUUAAGCAGUAAUAACUCCACCAAAACUACGACUUCGACUGCAACGAAGAGCUCCUUGAUUAGCAGUUUCAAGUUGGGCUCUCCCUCUGCGACAUCCUUUAACAAUGCCACGUCAAUCUCCAAGACCUCAGGGGGAGGGUCGGGCCAAAAUCACCGGACAGGUGGCCAUAGCGUUCGAGCGACUAACACUAGCGUCAGACAGAUCCCUAAUCCAUCCCUCCUUCGACAGCAGUCUGAAUCCAGGAUAACGGGUGGCCUGUCUGGCCUUGGCUCUAGGAAGUCGUCAGAGUCCAUCAGUAAAAUCGAGAGUCUGACUAGAUCCCUUCACGAAAAAGCAACAGCAUCCUCCCUGGCAGCCAUAAAUUCGGCUGCCAGAUAGAUGGAUGGAUGGAUGGAUGGCUGGGAUUAGAAAAGGAGUGUCCCAAGUUUAUUUAUUGUUCUCGUGAGUGGCAAAAUAGUUGUGUGCAUCUAUACUGAAGAUUUGCAUAGUCGGUUUGGAAAGUUUCACAUCGGUUUUGAAACUUUGGUGUGAAAACUUUUCUUGUUGCAAAAGUCGGCACCUUUUAGGUUUUAUUCUCAGCUGAACUUUUGCCUCGUAGCUUUAACUAAAACUUGUGAUCUAUCAGAGGAAAAAGCAUGAAGCUUCCCUAGACGGCUGUUGGUUCAUAUUUACAGUACAUUACUGAUAUUCCCGCCGUUUUGGUGAUUAGACAACAAUAGUGUGGAAAGCUCUCACUCGUGAAAGUUUACGGCGCUGUAACUUGAUGCCAAACAUUGAGGUGAACCUUACAAAAACGUUUUAAUUGACUGUCUCUGAAAGGUGACACAGAGCGUAUAUAUAUUAUAUAUAUAUAAUAAUAAUAAUAAAGUGUAUUAAAAUAUAUCUAAGUCAGAGUAGUUAAUGAAGUUGUGCGUCUCUCAGGAGGGGAUUGAAGUGUAAAAUAAAAUGAGAAGAUAUAUUUGAUAUAGAGGAAAACUUUAAUCCAAAUUGGAUUCAAAUUCCAUAAUAGUGCGUAACCCCUGUUUUGAGAAAAAAGAAAAAAAACAGUGCAGCGUAAAUAGGCACUUCAUUAUGUAUUCCAGUGAUGUUUUCUUCUUUUUUUAUAGUUAAUAUAUUAGAUCUGAUAUCUUGUGGGGAGUAUGAACCACACGGCAGAAAGUGAUAUAGUAAUUAGAUUUAGCAAAUAAGGCCUUUUUUUCGCUUUUGAUCUGGCUUUAAUUUUGAUGUAGGGGUUCCCAGCGUACGUGUGUGCUUUUUGUUGUUACAUCUUUAUUGUUAGAAAUUAUAUAUCCCGGUUCAGGAGGAAACAUCCAGUUUCUUACCGAAGGAAAAAAAUACUAUGGUAUUCAGUUGUUGAUUAUUUUUUUUGUUGAAUUUAUAUGGUUUUGCACUGAUAUAUAACUCUUGUUGAAUGUAUAUGGUUAAUUAUACAUGUUCGCGCGUGCAUACAUACAUAAAUUCCAUAUAUACAGUGUAUAUAAAGGAGGUUCAUCAUGAAGAGUUGAUAUUGUGAACUAGCUAUGUGACCACAAGUGUGUAUGCACGCCGUCGUACACAUAUUAUUCACAUAUUGAAUAUGCACGUACGCCCCUGCAAUCAAGAAUGACCAAAGAGCUUAUAGCAGCUUCUUCUCUCUCCGUAUUUUCCCCCUUGUUUCUUUCUUUGCUCUUUUAAGGAAUACUGUAAAUACAUAACAUUUAUGGACAUUAUAUUGAGUAGAGUAGAAUAAAAACCCUCUCCUUGUUCUUCCCUUACCGCCUUGUUCCGUCACAUCCUUCGGUUCCAAGAUUCCUAAUCUCCAACCUUACCCCACUUUCGCCUUCCGUUCCUAAACCGACCCCUCCCCCCCCCCUCCACCACAAAAAUAUGCUUCUUGCUCCCCCGACCCCCAAAAAACUUCUCUCUCCCUGUAUAGAUGUGGCGUGAAUCUAGAGUAUAAUGUACAAAUAGCACUAUGUUUAUUAUCUAGGAGCGAAAUGGCGUUUGACCUCCCUUCACUUUCUGACUGUCUUCAUCUACAUUGAAUAUCAUCCUGUUGACUACUACUAAAUUGCCUGUGAAUGUUUUUUUUUUCUUUUUUUUUUUUGUUGGAAAUUCUAAGAGCUCUCUCUCUCUCUCUAUCUCUCUCUCUCUCUCUUCUCUCUCUCUCUCUCUCUCUCUCUCUCAUAUCAUCGUAGCUUCGCGAAACCUUUUCACCCGCUAAGAAGUUUAAGCUGAAAACCUCUUGUAAAUGACCAGACCCAUUAUUAGACUAAUAAUUAUUUGUCAUGUUAGUCGGACAAUGACUGUAAUCGGCCGCUGGCCUUUGACGUGAAUAGCUCUCGAUUGCAACCAUUUGUCGAGAAGAUUUUAGUGGAAAGAAUUAUCUACCCAACAGGCCGGCUACGGAUUGAAUAAAGGACUUGUCCUACUAUUUCCACGGCUACCAACUUUGUUUACCAGGCCGCCACUAUUCACUUAUGGAAGUAACUAACACUUGCUUACCCAGCAAGCUAAGACAGUUUCCGCACUCCGUAACCGGCCGGCAGGGAAAAAUAUGCGCUUCCUUAAGAUAGUAAUCUUAAAUCUCAGCGUGACUCAUAAUGACAUAUAUAAAAUAGAUUUUAGGUGGUCGGUUUUUCCAGUCGUUAGAAGUCGAAUAUUAACGGCUUUAAGCUUACUUAAAGGACGCUUUUAAAAGAAAAUAAAAAAAAAUAAUUAAAGCUUUCUAUAUGUGUAGAGAGUUACUGCUAUUUGGUGCUAUGGGUAAAGCAAGCGACUCGCUAUUCAUGGAAACUUUUGGGGAUCACUAAGGAAAUUGUGAAGUGUUGUCUCAUCUGACGAUGUCCUUGUCCUGAACUUAUUUCUAUCCUAACUCGGACGGCCUGACCGCGUCGAGAUUCACAUACGUCAUUUUAGUUGCAAGUCUCUCUCUCUCUCUCUCUCUCUCUCUCUCUCUCUCUCUCUCUCUCUCUCUCUCUCUCUAAACCUGUUUAACCACACGGAAGGUAAUAUACAUUCUUGACAGUUCUCGAAAGGCGUUCCUUUCCCUUAGCGACCUAUGUUACCCCCAUUCAAGUCUCUCUUAUUCUCCAUUUGAAGAUUUUUAUUUCCUCUCCAGCUUUUUUAAAAUUUCAAUUCGAGCUCUCACUCUCGCUACGCUACUUCCAACACUUGCAGGUAACCAUUUUUUUUUAUUGUUCCGUUACGGAUGGCGUGUAAAAUAACUGCUGUUAAUGUAACAAGUUACAUAAAACUUCAAUUGCGUAUUCUUAUGCACAUGGCUGUACGCCAUUUCCUUCUUUGCACCUUAUUAGUAGUCACAUUGUAUUAAGUUUUUAACCUUCGUUGGCUUGCAACAAGUAUCAUCUUGUUAUAUAUUUUUAGGUCUCUCUCUCUCUCUCUCUCUCUCUCUCUCUCUCUCUCUCUCUCUCUGUGCUCUAACAUGCUUAGCUUACUUUUAUCACCUGAACUUGAUACAAACUGUCGCCCUACUACUAAUUUUGUAUAUAUAUUUCUUGAAUGGAAGUUCCUGCAGAUUUCAUUUUGUGCUUUACAAAGUCGACGAAGUGAUCGAUCGGUCCAACCCCCCCUUCCAACUCCCCCCCGUUAUUGAUGUAUCCAGUUUUUUUGUUAUUUUUUUUUUUAAAUUUACGUACUUACCCAUUGAGGUGUGUGUGCCAUCAGUAGUAAUCGUUUCUUGACGUAGAUGUUAUAAGUCUGUGUAUAUGUGUGCGUGUGUGUGACUGCGCAUGCUUGCCCGCCAGCGCGUCUUCAGAAUGAAUGGCUGGGGGUGAUGCAAGGGUAUUUUAAACGAGUUUUGAGAAAUGCAAGACCUACAAGCUUUACAUUACAGUGUGGUUGUCAGCAACACGACUGGGAGAAUACAAUAUUUUGCGUAGCAGCUGGCUCAUUUAAAAAAAAUAUAUACCUGACAUCAUAACAACUGAUGAAUUACAGUCAUACUUAAGCAAUCUAUAAUUACAGCCACUUUCGACUUUAGACAACUUGAUAAAUUGAUCUUUUAUUCUGUAAUUAUCGCUGGUAAAUUUUCACCUAGACCACAAAGCGACAUCUAAUGUCGUACGUCUCCCAAACCACUCUGCAAAUAAACAAAGAGAAAGGUAUUUGGCAAACAUCUGCUAUCAGUGAAUCAACACGAGAUGCACUUGUACCCAAUUAAAAUGAAUUUGUAGCCGAUUAAAAUUCACGAACAACUUUUAUCCCGGAUAAUCACGCUACAAUUAGACUUUUUUUUACUGAGGAGGGAGUGUGUGUGUGUGUAAUAUUUUUGUGCGUGCAUGUAUUUCGUUUUGUCGUGUAGAUUAGUUUGUUAUGUUUUGAUGAUUUUUCUCAAAUUUUAUGCUUCUUAUUUUUAAAGCUCUGCGAUGCCAAAAAUGCAUGAAAUAAGUUCCACUUUCGUAGCGAAACGUAGAGUGUGUGAACAUUCUGACCUCCCCAUGAAAUACAGCGAUGUUCAGAUUCAUACAUUUUUUUCCCCAAAAGAAAAUGAUGUUUAGCCGUUUUACAAUGAUCGAAAAGUAAAAAAAAAAAAAAAAAAAAAAAAAAGUACAAAUGUAACAACCGCUGCUCCACCAUUGUGUAUUGUGUGUGAGUGUUAGAGGUGCUUGUAACAACUGUCAUAUUUACACGAAGUUCUGUCUUAAUCCGUUGGAUUAUAUUAUACACUUUUUUUCAUUAGAUUUGACUGACGUUAAGUAGCGUUGGAAACGAAGGGCAUUGUCACAUCUCAAAGAUUAUUAGACGCCUAAGAAUAGUCAAGGUCGUUUUUACGUAGUUGAAAAAUUUUCAAUAGCUAACGCUAUUAUUAGCACUUUUACCAUUAAUAUUGUUACCAUUAAUUUCAUGGUUUCUGCCAAACUUGGUGAUUUGGUUGUUUGCUAGGACACGAAAAGUUCAUGUUCUUAGCUUUUGGACAAGAGGCCAACUUCAUGUUCUUUGCUUGGACGAGUUAUCUCAAGGAAUCCGACGUUUCAGACAAUGAAUGCAGUAGAUUCCCAGUUAGGAAAACAUGAUGGCGGUUAAUCCGGUCAGUUAAAUUUAUAUUGGUCUUAAAAAUAUAAAUGUGAUUGUAAUGGGCUUCAUAAACUUGCAAUUAAAAGUUAGGAUACUUUUAUAACCGCCUUCCGAAAUUAAUCAAUACGGUUGACAACUACUAAAAUCAUUAUAUGGGUUAAUGUGUCCCCAUAAAAGACUGUCGCUAUAUGACUUACUAUUUCGACUAUCGACUGCCAUAGCAUAGAAUGAGUGUCAGUAACUGAUAUAAUAACUGUAAUUAGGAAUUACCUACACUGUACUGACCAGAGGUUACUCUACCUUCGAAGCCUGAGUUUUAAGUGGACUCGUUAUACUCGGUUCCUAAGUAUUUGUCUUUACAAAAUUCUUGAAGAUACGCAAUUCGUUUUCUUCGGUUCAUGCGUAGUUUAAGAAUCUAUAAAUAAGACAUUUUAAGAGAUUCUCAAGAAAACCAAUACGUCUGAAUGUCCUUAAGUCACACGAAAUUGAGUAUUAACCGAUGACUUAGAAUUAGAAAACACACAAAUCUUGUUUAAAACAAUUCUCUCUCCUCCCUUCUGAAUGAGUUGUGGGAAUACGUCAUCAUAAGAAACUGCGUGUGCCGUGUUAUUUUAAAGGUGCAUGUCUGAGUGGGAUAUGUUUACUCUUAAAUUAUUUUUAAUAUGCAAGAUUCGUGAAUGUUGGAAUCACACAUCCCGUUUAUUGCAAAAAAGCUUUUUCCUCAUCGACGACAUCCAGUUGUUGUUAUAAAAACCGCUGAAAGUGGGCAGUUUAUUAUUACGAUUGUCGUUUUUAUCAUUAAUAUUGUAUUAUCUUCUUCACUUUCUAUUUUCGCAAGUGCUCUGUGUGCGUUUUUUUUUUUAAGUGAAUGUGGCCUACGAUUUUUCUCACUGACAAAUAAAGAAACUUUUUUGACUGUGUUAAAAGGACUAGAUGUAAAAUCUACACGGAAAAUAUUUCACAACUAAAUAUAUACUGGUUACCGAAAUAUUAGACGAUACGUUCUUCUCCAACAGCAUCUCUGUUUUGUGGUGAAACAUAAUUAUAGAUAACUAUAUAUAUAUAUAUAAAACAAAGUACCUGACAUUAUGCCACUAAAUAAAGGUGCAGCAAAAUUACUCGCACUGAUGAGUACACUAAGGAGUCUUAGAAGCGGUCCUUACGUCUGUUCAUAUUCCACGAACACCAAAAAGUUAAAAAGUAAAAAGUUUGUCUUCUAGGCGAUACGCAGAACAUUCGACCUUACGCACAGACAGCACAAGGGUGGAAAUAGCCCAGCCUUUGUUUCAGUCAUUUCCAUAUCUGGUAUCUGGGGAGCAGUUUGAGUACCAUUCCGGGUUUAUACUUUCUGCGUUGAAUUGAAUUUCUCUCUCUCUCUCUCUCUCUCUCUCUCUCUCUCUCUCUCUCUCUCUCUCUCUCUCUCUCUCUCUCCUUUUUGUUGAGAAUUCAGUGAAUUUAGUUUUCCCCGCUACGACCAUUUAAAAAAAAAAGUACUACACCCGGAAAAUCAAAUUGUUCUUCACUUCGCUCGUACGAGUUUAUGUAUCUGCCUCUUUUUUUCCUUCCUGUAUAUAUAUUCCAGUAUAUCCCCUCUCCCUCCAAUCCUAAAUUUUCCUUUACCCUAUGUCCUCAUUCGCUGCUGAUCCUAUCCUUCCCUCCAUUCCUUCCUAACCCUCACCUCCCCCCCUUGUAACACUUUUCGGGGAGCAAAUUGCUACUAUUCCUCCUCUUCCUCCUCCUCUCCCCCUUUUUAUGUGUAUUAUAAUGUUACAGUGAACGUGUUAAAUAACGUUACUACAGUGGACGGUGUUAACAGUGAACGUGUUACAUUACGUUACAGUGGACGGUGCUCGUUUUGUACUCUAGUGGCCGUCAAAUGUAUUAAUGGCCGGUGGAAAUAUACUUGAUCAUAAUGA